UAUUCUCCGUGUCGGAAAAACACGCGAGCGGCGCCCUUUUUUUGUAAAUCGCCAGCUGAAAAUGCUUAUAUGCGGCGAAGUCUGUCGCCGUUGGUCAAUUCUGGACGUCCGUUUCGGGUGCUGACGAGAAGAGAACCAUUUAUCGGUUUCGCCUUGGCUGUUGUUUUCUGUACGCAAUGGACUAAGUUGUAAAUAUGUUACAUCGAGAUCAAUCGACAAUGAGCGACGGGAUUAGUUACUACGUCACAAGGAAUCCGAACAGCGAUACGAAUUGGACAACCCAGAAUUCAUCGACCAGCGACGGAACGUUUUUCCUAUCGGAUGCCGAUUACAUUUUCGAUAAGUUUUACGUCAGGAUCAUUUUCAUCAGCCUGUACAGCAUCGUUUUCGCGUUGUGUUUUUUCGGUAAUCUGCUAGUUAUCCUGGUGGUUACUAUGAGCAGGAGACUGAGAUCGAUCACAAACUUUUUCCUCGCCAACCUGGCGGUGGCCGACUUUUGCGUCGCCAUUUUCUGCGUCUACCAGAACCUGUUCAUUUACAUAGUUGACAACUGGCUGCUAGGAAAUUUCUUGUGCAAAAUGUACAUGUUCAUCCAGUCCCUAAGCAAUACGGCGAGCAUAUUCAUUCUGGUUGUCAUUUGCACGGAAAGAUACUUCGCCAUCUUGUAUCCCAUCACGUGCAAACAGAUACUCACUUCCAUUCGGCUGAAGCUCAUUAUUCUCGGAGUUUGGUCCAUCUGCAUACUGUACAGCUUGCCGAAGUUCUUCUGGGGCAACGCUAUUACUAUAGGGACCAAGGAUUCCAGCGAGACAGUGUGUGUCUUGGAUCGACAGCGCUAUAACUCCGAAAUAUUCGACAUGGUGCACUUCGUUCUGUUUUAUAUCCUUCCGUUAGGAGUAAUGUCACUGCUGUACGCCAAAAUAGCUGUCUGCCUAUGGAACAGUUCUCAGCAGCUUAAGAAACAGUUGGACGCGUCUAUAACGUUCGGUCAGCACCAAGGGAUAUGCCGGAUGCACUCCUCUGGACGGAGAAGAAAUGACAAGGCUGGAACCGCAAAUGGUAGCAGCAGCUUCGGCGCGGCAUCCAAGCAACAUCUGCAACUGCAGAAUUUGGGCGGUUCUUUCCAUGCAGCGAGUUCACCGAGUCCCACUUGCAGCGAGCACGUUCUCAAAGCUAGGAAAGGUGUGAUAAGGAUGUUAAUUUUCGUGGUGGCGGCGUUCGCUGUGUGCAACCUGCCGAUCCACGCGCGCAAGAUGUGGCAAUACUGGUCGAGCAAUUACCACGGUGGCACGAAUUUCAGUGCCAUUUUAACCCCUCUGACGUUUCUAGCGUCUUACUUUAAUUCCGGAGCGAACCCCCUGCUAUACGCGUUCCUGUCGAAAAAUUUCAGAAGGGGAAUGCGGGAAAUGUUAUUCUGUCCCCUUACGAGGAAUAAUCGCGGUUUAUCAAUGUCCGUGCGACAGCAGCGAAGCGUACGGAACACCGCAGGCGUGUUUCAUAGGCAAUCGAGCACAAGGUCUACGAUGAAAGGUCAAAAUGCGACUACUGUAACGGUGGUGCACGAGUGCAGCUCGGACGAACUGUGAGACAGGGGCGGCUCGUGCUUAUAGUGGAACGGGAUCAAGUGGUGUGACGCUUGUUGACAAUUUUUAAUGAAACAAUCCACCGAACCCACAUUUUUGUAACUUGAAGUUACGUUUUCAUGUUCAUAACGUGCUUAGUGUAAAAUAAAGCGUUGAACGUUCUACGGAGUCGAUGAUAUUGAGCGUUCCG